UGGUACUGCUGUUGCCGCUCGCGCGCAACACGAGCGAGGGAAAUUAAGUUGGUAGCGUAGGCAACAAAGGACUUUUAAAGUAGUUACGUAAAUUCAUUUCGCGUUAAAUCUCGCGUGCCUCCGUGCAGCUGUCGGCGCGGGCGAAAGUUCGUUGUCGUACGCCGUGAAAAAGUAAGUUAUAACCCACGUUCUACGCGCACCUGUGUUUGCGUACCUUACGUAGUAAGCAGGGCGUAGCUUAUUCAGCACAAAGUCACCUGCAACUAAGGUAUCUAGUGACGGACACUGACGAAAUAAAGCUUUAUUGUUUUAUUUACGAACAUUUAUUCCGCCAUUUUGUGUUCGUAAGUGAAAGGGAAGUAGUUUGUGGAGAAUGGCCGCAGCUCUGUGCGGUCGCUGGAGUUACGAAGGCUCAGCGAACAUUUCAGACAGCGAAUCCGAGGACGAGCCCGAGCUCCCACUCAACCAGUUCUAUCCGUACAUACGCUGCGCUUUGUGCUGCGGCUUCCUCAUCGACGCCACCACCAUCACGGAAUGUCUGCACUCGUUUUGCAAAAGCUGUAUCGUGAAGCACUUCUUCUCCAGCAACCGGUGUCCAACAUGUGGCAUCGUUGUCCACCAAACACAACCUCUUUACAACAUCAGGCCGGACAGAAAACUGCAGGAUAUCGUUUACAAAAUGGUUCCUUUCCUGGAGGAACUGGAAAGAAAACAAAUGUGCAGCUUCUACAAAAAGAGAGGACUGGACGUACCAAAGCCAGUGCUGAUCUCCUCCGCGCCUCCUGUCGUGGUGAAGAGGCAGAGGAAAGAAGUCUCUCCUCCGUCUGUGUCCAGUCUUCCUCCAGAGCUGGACGUCUCUCUGCUGCUGGAGUUUGUCGGAGCUGAAGAGGGCGUCAAGAACUAUAAGCCGCUGGAGAGGCCGUACGUCCGCGUGUCCGGUGAAGCCACCGUCCGCCACGUGGAGCUGUUCAUCAGGAGGAAGAUGGAGCUGAGUCCGACCUGUCAGGUGGAUGUGGUUUGCGGAGAUCACCUUCUCGAUCACUACCAGUCUCUGAAAGACGUGCAGACCACUGCAGGAAACGAGGGAAUACAGGACGGUCUGUUGGUGCUGCACUUUGGUUUGGUCCUGCCCUCCCACUCUUGACCCUCACGGUCGAUUCCUAAGGGAAUAAAACUGUCGGUCAACGGUGUCUUUUAGUGCGUUUGACAGUUCAAUUCAACACUUCCAGACUUGUUUUUUUUCCGUUUGAAAACACUGGAAAGAGAAUGCGUUAUUUGUUAAAAUUAAACUGCCACCGUGUUUAUUUUUUACCCCAGAAGUGGGGAAAAUGAGAAGCUAACUUUUUAGGCGUUUGGUUCUUCCACUCCGCACGAGAACCUGACGUCUGCUGCAGAAACUGGAAAUUAACUGGGAUUUACUCAAACUGACCUUUUUGAAAACCAGGGAGCCAUUUAUCACUUUUAUACCGAUAUAAAUAUAUCUAUAUUUAUGAUGUAAAGAUCCACUAUGCAACGUUCUGCCUCAAAAGACGUCAGGGAACAAAUGUUAACAUGUAAAAUAUAGCAUUAAAGUAUCAAUGUUCUUGAGAUGAGAGUGACUUUAUCGAGGUGUUUGUUUUUCGGUAGCCGGUGCCUCAUCAGUUACAUUUGAGGACCCAAUGGAAACGUUAGACCCUGUUUAUAUCAAAAGAGCUGGAACUAAAGAUUAUUUAAAUAAUCUGUUGAUUAUUUUCUCAAUGAUUCAAUGUUUGGACCAUAAAAUGUGGAAUUGAUGAUGUUCUCAAAUGUCCAUCAAACAAAAUGCAUCCGUUUGAAUGAUUUCUUUGUUAUGUGGAGCAAGGAAACCAGCAAAAAAUAGUAGUUUAUGUGACAGUUUGUACAAUUUUGUAGUAAUCAGCUCAUUUUACACUUGUAAAAACAUAAGAAAUUAUAACCCUAAUCCCUGAAAUCUUACUCAGAAUUACCCAGAAUUAACAGGAAGGGUUUUUAAACUUCUCUAAAGGAAGCGCUCUAAGUAGAUUUGGACCAAGCCUCCUGGACCUGUAAGUUAAUUUGAUGCAUACAUUUUAUUAGUAAUUAUAGAUAUUGUUGUACAAAAAAAUUUGUUUCGUGGACAAAACAUGACAGCUCAGAAUAUCCUGACAUUUUGUGGACCUGAACAUAUAAUCAAUUAAUGAAGAAAGUAAUCAACCGAUUAAUCCAAGAAUAAUCUUUAGCUGCUGCAACCCUGUUUAUUAUGUCACGUUUGUUUCCAUUGGUGUCACCAUCACUUUUGUUUUGUUUGACACGAGUGCUUAACUGCGACAAAUAGUUGUGUUUCAAGUUUUGCAUAUCAGAGCUUUAAGGGUUCACUGUGAUCUCCAGGUACUUGUGAUUUAAAGGGCUUUAAACAAAAUAGCUACCAAAGGUUUUUGUGUGUUCGUGUGAGGAGCUUGAGAAAGUCUUUGAUGGGGUUUUCUUACACUUACUUUUGUAAAAACACGAUGAAUAAAUUAAUUCACAACCAAA